GAUAAAUGGACUCUCUAAAACAUCAUGUUCUCUUCAUCACGGUGAUUCUGUUAAUGAGUGCAACCAUGUCUCAUGCCCAAAAGACGAAAGUGGUGAUUCAUAAUGAUCUUGGAAGUGGAUUAUCGUUAGCCUACCACUGUAAAUCGGGGGACAAUGAUCUUGGAUACCUGCGUUUGGGAGUAGGUGGAUCAGGGCUCUUUCGUUUUAAACCUGAUAUUUUUGGUCGUACUUUAUUCUUUUGCAGAUUUAGUUGGAUAAACGAAUCGCAUUAUUUCGAUAUCUAUAAGCAGAAAAGAGAUAGGGAGUUUGAGAAGUUUGGUUGCACAAACUGUGAGUGGAAGAUACGCAAGAAUGGGCCUUGCAAGCUUAACAAAAUCACUAACAUGUUUGAUGUAUGUCUUCCUUGGAAUUCUUGA